UUUCGUAUCUCUGCGCUCUGGCGUCGUCGCUUUCACCUUUCUUUUUUUUUCCCCUUCCUUGAUCGACAUCUCUGUCGAGACUUACACCGAACACCAUGAGGACAUCCCAAUCAUCAGUAUCGCGAUGGAUGGCCUUCCUCCUUCUGUGUCUGGGCUUGGCAAAUGCCCACACGGUCAUCGUUUAUCCCGGCUAUAGGGGGAACAACUUACAUACAACCGGCACUGUUCAAGAAGCCAACGGCCUCGGGGUAGCUAUGAGCCCCAACGCAACGAACAAUAACUCCUUAAUAUACCCUUAUGGACAACAAUGGAUCUAUCCUUGCGGAGGGAUGCCCACAUCAACGAACAGAACCAAGUGGCCUGUCGGCGGCGGCGCGGUCUCCUUCCAACCUGGCUGGUUCCAGGGCCACGCCACAGCAUUCAUCUACAUCAACUUGGGCUUGGGCACGGUGCCCGAGAAUAUGAGCCAUCCCAUGAUCCCACCUUUCCAGAUCAACGGUCCUUCCAACGAUCCGUACCCGGGCACAGUUUGCUUGCCACAGGUCCCGUUGCCGGCCAACAUCAGCGUGAGUCCAGGCGACCAUGCUACGAUUCAACUCGUCGAGACGGCCAAACAUGGCGCCGCUUUGUACAAUUGCGUGGACAUCGAGUUCGCGGAACCCGAAGACGUCGCCGAGGUCACCCGCGAGAACUGCUUCAACUCGAGUCAUAUCAGCUUCUCACAGAUCUUCGCUGCGACGUCGCUGACGUCGGGUGCUGUUGCACAGGGUGCAACGAGAGGGACGUUUGCGACGUUAUUAGCUACUAUAGUAGCGGCUGUGAUGGGCGCUAUGAUGAUGUAAAUGCUGAUGUUUAUAGUACCUCUCCUAAUUGCGCAGGCUUGUUAUGUUGUCUUCACUCGUACAUACCCAAUAUAGUUACCCUUUUCUCACUGAUGUCUGUAAAUCAGCUUAGCAUA